CUCGACAAUUUUUUUCUCAGAUCCAGCACCCAAGAAACUAUUAACACUAUUAACCCGGUCCACUCCCCAGAGGCCUACCUACCACCCGCCCCGACAGCCACUGCUGCUACUGCUUGCUCCACCUUUACUUCUGUGCAUGCUUUUGCUUAUUUAUUAUUUUAUUUUCUCAACUAGAACAAGGACAACCACCCAGCUGCGGGUCUCAAUAAUAGAGGCAUUCACUAUAUUAUUCAUAUUAUUAAUAUUUUUUUUUUUUUCUUUCGUGUUAUGAUGGGUAUUGUGAUGGGCUUUCCCCGGCUACAACCAUUACCCCCUACAAUUGCCUCACCUCGUUUUCCUCUUAUAUUAUCUUGACUGGGCUCCCUACUCAUUGAUCCCUGCCCUAUCACGUUUUAUUUACUCUUUUUCUUUUCCUUUUUUUCCCCCUAUUCUUGCCUGCCGGUCCCGUGACUCGCAAUGACUUCCAGGCUUGAUCGACUUGUCACUCUUCUGGAAACAGGAAGCACUCCCCUUAUCAGAAACACUGCGGCGCAGCAGCUUGCAGAUGUCCAGAAACAACAUCCAGAUGAAUUGUUCAAUCUUUUAGGUCGAAUCUUGCCAUAUCUGCGGUCCAGAUCAUGGGACACCCGGACUGCAGCUGCUAAGGCAAUAGGCGGCAUUGUAGGGUACGCUGAGCGCUUUGAUCCCAAUGCUGAUGAAGGCCCCAAGUCCGCGGAGGAUGUUGUCGGCGAAGAUGAUGAUGUGUCUCCAGCAGUCAAGAAGGAAGAGGAUAAGGAAGUAGCAGAAAAUGCUGUUUCCGAAGACCUCCUCGACGUAGAUACUCUUGAUAUCAGCUCCAUUCUGAAGUUUGGACACAAGCUCCUGGGUAGUGCCGGUAAAGAAUAUGAAUAUUCGCUGGCUGGGUUGGAUGCGGCCUCGAGGCUUCAGCAUCAGAAGAAGACACUGGCCUCGCGCCUAGGACUUGGGGGGGAGUAUAUGCAAGAGGAUUUGGUCAAUGAGGCUGAUUUCGCUACCCAACCACAGCAUAAGGUCUCAGGUCCUAAGCUCGAGAUCGCAAUUCCAUCUGUCUCUCGCAAAAGCAGCACACAGAGUAAUCCAUCUUGUGCUAUGGCUUCCCCACAUGACCCUAUGCAAGCCACCCCCACCAAUGGCGAUGACCAGGGGCUUAGCAAGCGGCAACUGAACCAGUUAAAGAGAAAGAAUAAACAAAAUGCCAAAAUGGGAGCCAAUAAAAUUCGAGUCGUCGAUUUGGCUGUGCGGAAGCAUUCUGAUGCCAUAUCAACCCCUAUCACCGCUUCUACUCCGCAUGCUGUCAAAAAGGAGGAAGACGGCGAUGAUAGCAAUGGUGAUAAAAAGCUGGAUUACUUUUCGCUGGAGAGAACUGAGCCAGACGAUGACAGUAAAAUCGUAUCGGAAUUCAAAGGGCCCGUCAUCCCUGAAAAACCAGUAAUUCAGACUGAUGCAGAGGAAGAAGGUUUGGAAUGGCCAUAUGAAAGAAUGUGCGAAUUUCUGAUGGUUGAUUUGUUUGACCCUAGCUGGGAGAUUCGUCACGGUGCGGCCAUGGGUCUGCGGGAAGUCAUUCGUGUCCAAGGUGCUGGAGCCGGGCGAGUUCGUGGUAAAUCGAGACGCCAGAACGACAUGUUCAAUCAUCGGUGGCUGAAUGACCUGGCCUGCCGACUUCUCUGCGUUUUCUUACUAGAUCGCUUCGGUGACUACAUUUCGGACAAUGUAGUCGCCCCGAUUCGUGAAACCGUCGGCCAAACCCUGGCUGCCCUUCUAUUACAUCUUCCCACAAGAUCCUUGGCUUCUGUUUAUCGCAUUCUGUAUAGAAUGAUCAUGCAAAACGAUCUCGGUCUUUCUAGUCCUAUUUGGGAAGUGUGCCAUGGCGGUAUGAUCGGACUCAAGUACCUGGUUGCUGUCCGGACUGAUGUUCUCUUAAAGGAACCCGAAAUCCUCGAUGGGGUUAUUGCUGCCGUGAUGAAAGGGUUGGGCGAUUACGACGACGAUGUCCGUGCUGUCAGCGCCGCUACAUUAGUUCCUAUCGCAGAGGAUUUCGUGAGACUUCGACCUGGGUCUCUAAACUCGCUGAUUAACAUCGUGUGGGAGUGCCUCUCUAAUCUCCAAGAUGAUCUUAGUGCUAGCACAGGAUCUGUUAUGGACCUACUCUCCAAACUUUGCACAUUCCCUCAGGUCCUUAAAGCGAUGAAAACAAACGCUGCUCAAGACUCCGAAUCGUCCUUUGGAAACCUUGUCCCGAGGCUGUUCCCAUUUUUACGCCACACCAUCACCAGUGUGCGUUCUGCAGUACUUCGAGCUUUACUCACUUUCCUGAAACUUGAUAGCGAGAGACAAAACGCAUGGGCUGAUGGGAAAGCAAUGCGGCUUAUUUUUCAAAACCUGCUUGUUGAACGGAACGAGGGCGUUCUCAAAUUGUCACUCCAAGUCUGGGUUGAGUUGCUCCAGGCAUUGGAAGACCGUGGCCUGUUCAGAACAGAUGAUGAACUCCUGCCAUCUCUUCAGCCGCUCAUCACAUUAACCAUGAGCCCUUUUGGCGUACCGCGAUACCCUAUUCCUAUGGAUGCUUCUCUUUUUAUUCGACCAUCUGGACUACCCUACACUUCCGCUGGCGUUCCUCCAAGAAAACCCUCCCCCACUACGAUAGCCCCAGAACCAUCUGUCAAGGGCCGAAGACGAAAGGCUGAGAAAAAGGAUACCACAGCAGUUUUCACUCACAAUGUAGAUGGUCACAUGUUACAAGGCGACAUUGAUCUCGUCGGGGUGGAAACGGUUAUUAGGUCAAAGAUCUACGCUGCAACUGCUCUGGGCCGAUUUUUGUCUACUUGGGAUAGCAAUGACCGUUCAAAUAUAUGGCAGACCAUUUUACCUUAUCUAAAGGCGCCUGGCUCGAGUUCACAACUAGUGGCUGCCAUGGUUACCGUUGAGUAUGCGAAAAUACAAGGAGCCAAGACCAGAUAUGUUUCUCUGUUAUCUCAAUCGUUAAAUCCAGUGAUUGAAAAUGAGAGGCCGUCGUGGUAUAGCGAUAUAGCGAGUUAUUUACAUAUUGCCCGUGCACAGUGUCAUUCCCUCCUCAACGCCUUCAGGGACCAUGCACACGUUUCACAAUUCUCCCUUCCGAUGCUGGCAGUCAUCGUCCAAGGAGAUCAAGACGCCGGCCCCAGCGCCUUUUCCAUUUCGGAUGCCGAAAAGGUUCUUGGGCCUGAUUUUGAAAAACUCAAACGGAGCCUUUCCCCAGCACAGAGAAUGACCGCGCUUCAGGUCCUUAAUGAUUCGCGAGCAAGUGCAUUAACAGCCGUUGAAGAAGCUAAGGAGGUUAAAGACCAACGGGAUAUGAGAAUUAGAGCCGCGGCGGCAAGCGCACUCGUCGCUCUUCAUGACAUCCCCAGGAAGCCAAGCCAGAUUAUUAAGGGGAUGAUGGACAGUGUCAAGAAAGAGGAAAACGUUGAACUGCAGCAAAGAUCAGCCUCAGCUGUUGCGUCUCUUGUACAGUACUAUACGAGUGCCUCUAGACGUGGCCCUGUGGAUAAGGUGAUUGGAAAUCUUGUCAAGUUUUGCUGCAUCGACACUUCGGAGACACCGGAGUUCCAUCACAACGCUGGCCUGGAAACGGCAAUUCUAUCGCUUCGAAAGGAAGAGGAUAAGAAAGACCAUCUUGACGCUACGAGAUUCGAGCAGGAGUCUCGGGAAGCUCGAAUCAUGCGACGAGGUGCUAAGGAAGCGUUGGAGCAACUGGCGUGUAGGUUCGGUGCGGAGUUAUUGGAUAAGGUCCCUAACCUCGCGAGCCUGAUUGAAGGUCCCCUACGACGCGCUCUUACUGGAGACCUCCCACCCGAUAUCACGGACCCCAACAGCCAAACUGGUCAGGAAGUUGUUGAUGGAUUAUCGACGCUGCGAGCGCUAGUUCCUAAAUUCCAUCCUGGCAUCUAUCCCUGGAUUAUCAGCCUUAUGCCAAUCAUUGCAAAGUCCCUUCAAUGCAAAUUGUCUGUCAUUCGGUAUGCGGCUGCCAAAUGCUUUGCCACUAUAUGCAGUGUUAUAACCGUUGAAGGAAUGACAAUGCUCGUGGAGAAGGUGUUGCCUAACAUAAACAAUGCGUUGGAUGUUCACUGUCGGCAGGGAGUCAUUGAAUGCAUCUACCAUCUGAUACAUGUCAUGGAAGAUAAUAUUUUGCCUUACGUUAUUUUCCUUAUAGUCCCUGUUCUUGGGCGAAUGAGUGAUUCUGACAAUGAUGUAAGACUCCUUGCCACGACUGCCUUUGCGACGCUGGUCAAACUGGUUCCUCUGGAAGCUGGAAUCCCUGACCCACCCGGUUUAUCGGAGGAGCUCUUGAAAGGACGGGAUCGGGAGCGGCAAUUCAUGGCCCAAAUGCUCGACGUCCACAAGAUCGAGCCAUUUGAGAUCCCCGUAGCUAUCAAGGCGGAACUCCGUUCUUACCAGCAAGAGGGUGUUAACUGGCUGGCUUUCCUUAACCGGUACCACCUCCAUGGAAUCCUCUGUGACGACAUGGGUCUUGGAAAGACCCUUCAAACUCUUUGUAUCGUGGCUAGCGAUCAUCAUAUGAGAAAAGAAGAGUUCGCGCGGUCGGGUGCACCUGAAGCACGGAGAUUGCCCUCAUUGAUCAUAUGUCCACCGACUCUUUCUGGGCAUUGGCAGCAGGAAAUAAAGCAGUAUGCUCCUUUCUUAUCGUGUCUAGCAUAUGUAGGCCCUCCCGCCGAACGUUCAAGACUUCAGAACUCUUUAGGCUCGGUGGAUGUCGUCAUAACAUCUUAUGAUAUUUGCCGGAACGACAAUGACGUUUUCGCGCCGCUCAAUUGGAACUACUGCGUUUUGGAUGAAGGCCAUUUGAUCAAGAACCCCAAGGCGAAGAUUACACUGGCCGUUAAACGGCUCAAGAGUAAUCAUCGGUUGAUAUUAUCAGGCACUCCAAUCCAGAAUAACGUGUUGGAACUCUGGUCGCUAUUCGACUUCUUAAUGCCUGGCUUCCUCGGGACUGAGAAAGUUUUCCUGGACCGCUUCGCGAAACCCAUUGCUGCGAGUCGAUUCAGCAAGUCCUCUUCGAAAGAACAGGAGGCUGGUGCCUUAGCUAUUGAAGCGUUGCAUAAACAAGUAUUGCCAUUCCUCCUGCGGCGAUUGAAGGAGGAAGUCCUGAACGACCUACCACCAAAGAUCCUCCAAAACUAUUACUGUGACCUCAGCGACCUGCAGCGGCAAUUGUUCGAGGACUUCACGAAAAAAGAACAGAAGGAUAUCGCUAAGAUAGUUGGCAGUACCGAUAAGGAGGCGAAGCAGCAUAUCUUCCAAGCCCUACAGUACAUGCGCCGCCUUUGCAACUCUCCCGCCCUAGUCGUCAAAGAAAACCACAAGCGAUACGAUGAAAUCCAGAAGUCCCUCGCGGGAAAGAAUUCUCAUAUUCGUGAUGUCGCACACGCACCUAAGCUGACUGCUCUUCGCGAUCUACUCGUAGACUGUGGCAUUGGCGUUGACCCCUCCACCGAAGGUGAAUUGGACACAGGAGCCAGCUACGUCAGCCCGCACCGUGCCCUCGUUUUCUGCCAGAUGAAAGAAAUGCUGGAUAUCGUACAGAAUGACGUUCUCAAGAAGUUACUGCCAUCAGUUCAGUAUCUCCGACUAGAUGGCAGUGUGGAGGCGACCAAGCGACAGAACAUCGUGAACCAGUUUAACACUGAUCCCAGCUACGACGUCCUCCUGCUCACAACCAGUGUUGGUGGUCUCGGUUUGAAUCUGACGGGUGCGGAUACCGUAAUUUUCGUUGAACAUGACUGGAAUCCGCAGAAAGAUAUCCAAGCUAUGGAUCGCGCGCAUCGUAUUGGGCAGAAGAAAGUCGUUAAUGUAUACCGGCUGAUCACGAGAGGCACUCUGGAGGAAAAGAUAUUGAACCUCCAACGAUUCAAAAUCGACGUAGCCUCAACUGUCGUUAACCAACAAAACGCCGGCCUGAGCACCAUGGACACAGACCAACUACUAGACCUUUUCAACCUGGGCGAAACUGCCGAGGGCGCUGAGAAACCCAGCCAGGAUGGCGGGGUGGGCGGUAAUGAGAUUGACAUGGUCGAUAUCGAUGGCGAAGUUAAGGAGAAGGGCAAGAAGGGUUGGCUUGAUGAUCUUGGCGAGCUCUGGGAUGACAGACAGUACCAGGAGGAAUAUAAUUUGGAUUCCUUCUUGGCAACUAUGAAGGGCUAGGAAUUUAUCCGCGAGUUAUGAAUGUAAAGGGGAAUGGAGACUUUUUUUAUUUUAAUUUUAAUUUUAAUUUUUUAUUGUUAUUUUAUUGGCUAUUUUCGUUUGUUGCGCGGGCCGGGGGUGAGUAGGGAAACGGUGGAGGCGUGCCUGGUUUCUUUCUUUCUCCUGUAUUAUUUUUGUUCAUUAUCUUAUUUUCCUUUCUGCUGGCGAAGCGGUGGUAUUGGUCAAUCGGUGGGAGGAGGGGUGUUUUGGACCUUUCGAGCUGUCUUCUUUUUGAUGCUCAGCUAGGUUAUAUAGAGUGGGAAAAGGGAAAAUGGAAAGCGAAAAUCUAGCUUGGGGAUGAAUUUAUGGGAUGCAAAUUUUCUGAUUCGUUUUUCUCUUUUAGGCUCCGCCCUUCCUGAUUGGGAUACAAAACUCGAUGUUGUCGGCUGAUUUCGCUGUAUUUGCCAAUAGGGGGUUUCGCGGUCUUUUGUUGCCUUGCUCCCAUUCUUGUUUCUUUCUUCUUCAUUUCACCUUUCACAAAUAUAUUGAUACCCCCCCUUGGAAAGCUGUUCACCCUUAGCUUGAACCUGUUCGCUCCAACUCUAAUUGGUCAAGAUGUUCAUGAUUAUCAUACCCCGUGGACAAUUGAUCGUCUGAAAGAAUGAUAUGGUUUGAAAAAGCAUGAUUGAUUCCUAGUGGCUAGCUUUCAAAUUACAUAAGAAGCAUGAGCUUGUAGUUAGUUCUCCCCUGUCCUCUAACAAUUGAUGGGAUAAAUCCCAAUUGGGAAUAAAGGGGGAAGGGUAUGAAAAACACAACGGAUAAAACAAGGCAGAAGAGGCAGGAGCUGAAAGUAUCAGAGUAGGCCACAAGUCCACUGAGCAGACAGAGAACUUGCCAAAUAACAAAGUUGGAGAACUUAUACCGAACAACAAUCGUGGAGGGUAGUAAUGUAGUUGCUGAAAAUAUCCUCCACUUCCAAUUCGCAUUUCGAGCUUUCCGCGAGCUAAAGCAAAAAGGGAAAAAAAAAAGAGAGAGAAAAUACUCCUUCAUGAUAUGCCUAUGAGAUACAAGGAAUACCAAGUCAAAGAGUGGCAUAAAGACCCAAAGACCCAAACAUAUGCUGCAACAUUCGGGUAGUGAUAAUUAAAAAGAAUCAUGAAGAGGAGAAAUGAGCAAACCUUUGCAAACUCCACCUCUGAUAAAUAAUCACCCAUCCACACCAACCAGGACCAACCAACAUUUAAAACCUGAUAGUCCAUAA